AUGUUUGAUGACGUUUUCAUCGCGUCAGGAGGAGCCUGCCUCACCCGGAAGCGAGUGUCAAAAACAGGUACGUUUUCCACGUUUAUGUUUCUUCUCUGUUGUGUUUUGCCUGACUGUCCCUUUUUUUUAUUAUUAUGUAACGAUUCCGCUUGUGCUUUAUCUUCUGAACCAGGCAGACAUCGUUUUAGAAUGACUGAAAAGGCAGAUUCUCCACAAGCAAGAACUGUUCUUCAGCAGUGUCUCUAUGCAAGGCUUCAAGUCAAACCUGCAGAUGAUCAGUCUGAGGCUGAAUGGGUGGAGGUACUACUGAAUUAUGUUCUACUACAUUCUCAAAUGCAAAUAUGGUCUAUACUAGUGAGAGUGUAUGCUCAGAAUAAUAAUGGCACCUUGCCUAAGAUAUUUUAUUUUAUUAUUUAUAAUAAUUGGGGGUUUUCAUAAGAUUUCAUGUUUUCAGAUUGACAGAGGGAUGGUGGUAUAUAUCUGCUUUUUCAAAGGCGCUACAGAGGACAUUAUCCCCAAAAUGGGUAGGUCCAGUGCUUUUCCAGUUUUGGACAAUACUGCAAUAAUGCACCUACCUGGGCUUCGCAAGACUGUCAACAGUAAAUGUCACUGUUCUUCAAUUAAUCGUAAAGCAGUGUUGCUACUGAAUGGUUAUUAAUCACUCUGCUCUACUGUACUCUACAGUGAACACUCUGCUCAACUUGAAGCUGUGUGAGGCUGACUCUGGGAAGUAUGUGUCAGUGCUGGAGUUGCCUGGGAGCGUCCUCAUCGUGCCUCAGGCUACACUGGGAGGCAAGGCCAAAGGGAAGGGCAUGCAGUACCACAAUAACAUUAGGAAAGAAGAGGGCCUGCAGCUGUAUUCUAACUUUGUCUCCCUCUUUGAGAAGGAACUGGCUUUGUCCAGUAAGAGUAGUGAGACUGGAACCAUCGUCAAACAUGGAACUUAUGGGAACAGACAAGUGCUGAAGCUGGAUACCAACGGUCCAUACACACACCUGAUGGAGUUUUGAAACUUCCAAUACUAAUUACAUUUCACAGUAAAUGACCAAUUGCACUCUUGUCCCUGAAAUGGUGGUACUGUAUGCGUAGAUCUGAUUAAAGCUGCC